UUUCGACGUAUCGAAUAUGACAACUAAGCUACUUAUAAUUGCGUGUGCGAUUUUUGGCACCUGCAGAUGUGGUGUGUCGACACGUUACGGAGUACCUGUGAACCAGGCCGUCAGUUUCAGCCCACCUUCGACCCCGGUCCUCGCACCCGCCCCCGAACCUGUGGCCGAGUACACCCCGUCGGUUUUCGUACCACCACCUCCACCUCCACCCCCGGAACCGACGGUCGUCUUCGCUCCGCCGACCCCGGUGUCCAUCUUUGCACCCCCUGGUCAAGUUUACGUCCCUCCUGCUCCAGUCUUCGCCCCGCCACCACUCGAGGUGUAUGCUCCACCAGUAGACGCACCACCCCCGGUGCCUUCAACUCAAUAUGGUCUUCCUUCAGUUUAAACUAGAAUUUAACACUAGAUACUUAAACCAAAUAUAAAUAUGUGAAGAAAAUAAAUUAUACGAUUUUUUAAAUAAAUCGCUUUUAUAGCUGUUUCCUAAAAGA